AUGACGAGGUGUUUCUUGUGCUUGAGAGCGAAGGGAACCCUCAGCAAUGCUAGCCUUUACACUCUGUUACCUGUAUCUAAUGGUUUGUGGCUUUACAUCAGUAUGAAUUUUGUCUUAGGUUUAACCAGUACCCAACAUGCCAUGGAUUCAAUCUUUGUCGUGGUCGACCAAUUUUCUAAGAUGGCCAAUUUUGUAGCUUGCAGAAAGACCAUGGAUGCCACCCGGAUUGCUCAUCUUUAUUUGAAGGAGAUUACUUGCCUACAUGGUGUUCCUCGAUCUAUCACCUCAGACCAAGAUAUAAAGUUUAUGAGUAAUUUCUUGAAGAGUUUGUGGGAAAGCACGGAAGAAAGCUAUGGCAACGAACCUUCGGAGAGUACACGACCAACUCAAAAAGCAAUUCAAGCGAGCAAUGCAAAAUACAAGGUUUGCGAGGUUUGUGCUGACAAUUCUCGCCACCAGGUACUAUUUGAUGUCGAAGAUUUUGUUUGGGCUGUGGUAACCCGUGUUUGUAUUCCUGUUGGUGAGUACAACAAGUUAAAGGAUAGGAAGAUUGGACCUUGUGAAGUUCUCCAAAAGAUCAAUGACAAUGCAUAUAGACUACAUCUUCCUAGUCAUAUGAGGACUUCGGAUAUGUUCAACAUCAAACACCGCAGCCCAUGCUUUGUCAACGAUGGCAUGAACUCGAGGGCGAGUUCUGUCUAA